UGGUUUUCUAGGGACAUGGUUAAUAUGCUCAUUUGGUCUCUGACCGGCAAACUGAUAGCACAGAACAAGAGUGUUGAUUUGUUUAAAACAUCUAACAUAUAAUAACUGAAAAUGACAUCUCAAGUUAAAUGCGAAAAUUUAAAUGGGACCAGCAAAGGUGACAUAAAGAUGGAAAUUCUAUCAACAAUGAAGGAGAGAAUUAUGAUAUUUGAUGGGGGAAUGGGAACCAUGAUCCAGCAGCACAGAUUUGAGGAAGAAGAUUUCAGAGGAGAAGAGUUUAAAGAUCAUCCUAAAAGUCUGAAAGGAAACAAUGAUUUGUUGUCCCUGACCAAACCUGAUGUGAUCUAUGAGAUUCAUAAGAGUUACCUGGAUGCUGGAGCAGAUUUUAUAGAGACCAAUACAUUUAGUGGAACAACAAUAGCACAAGCUGACUAUGGGAUGGAACAUAUUGUAUCGGGUACUAUUGUUGACAAAAGUGGUAGGACAUUGUCAGGACAAACAACAGAGGCAUUUAUUAUCAGUGUGUCUCAUGCAAAACCAAUGUGCUUAGGUUUAAACUGUGCUCUGGGUGCAUCAGAAAUGAGACCAUUCUUGCAGGCAGUCAGUGACAACACAACUGCAUAUACUAUAUGCUAUCCGAAUGCAGGGUUACCAAACACAUUUGGUGAGUAUGAUGAAACUCCAGAGAUGAUGGCUGCACAGUUAAAGAGUUUUGCCCAGGCUGGAUUAUUGAACAUUGUAGGAGGAUGUUGUGGAACAACACCAGAACAUAUAGGAGCUAUCAAGGAAGCUGUGCAGCAGUAUGAACCAAGGAUACCACCUAGCUCUAUAAAUGAAGGUUACAUGCUACUAUCUGGAUUAGAAGCCACUAAAAUAGGACCAUACACAAACUUUGUCAAUAUCGGUGAGAGGUGUAAUGUGGCAGGUUCCCGAAAAUUUGCGAGGUUGAUCACGAGUGGAAACUACGAUGAAGCUUUAACCAUAGCUAAAACACAAGUAGAAAACGGUGCACAGAUUAUUGAUAUUAAUAUGGAUGAAGGAAUGUUAGAUGGUGUCGCUGCUAUGACAAAAUUUGUGAAUCUCAUCGCGUCAGAACCGGACAUUGCAAAGGUUCCACUGUGUAUCGACUCGUCAAACUUUGCUGUGAUUGAGGCAGGUUUGAAAUGCUGUCAGGGAAAGUGUAUAGUUAAUAGUAUAAGUUUGAAGGAGGGAGAGGCAGACUUUGUAGAGAAAGCGUUGAAGAUAAAACAGUAUGGUGGUGCUGUGGUUGUCAUGGCAUUUGACGAGACUGGACAGGCAACAGAAUCAGCAAGGAAAGUUGAAAUAUGUACCAGGUCAUACAAUAUUCUUGUCAACAAAGUCGGUUUUAACCAGAAUGAGAUUAUAUUUGACCCAAACAUCCUCACCAUAGCAACAGGUAUGGAAGAACAUGACAGAUACGGUGUAGAAUUUAUAGAGGCAACAACAAAGAUCAAGGAGACUUUACCUGGUGCUAGAGUGAGCGGUGGACUGUCAAAUUUCUCUUUCUCCUUCAGAGGUAUGGAGGCAGUGAGAGAGGCCAUGCAUAGUGUGUUUCUGUACCAUGCCAUAAAGGCAGGUAUGGAUAUGGGUAUUGUGAAUGCUGGAUGUUUGCCAGUAUAUGAUGAUAUUGAGCCUAAAUUGCUAGAAAUGUGUGAGAAUUUACUGUGGGCUAAAGAUCCAAAUGGUACAGACAAACUGCUAUUAUAUGCACAGUCAAUGGGAAAAGAUGCAAAGAAAGCUGCAGUAAGUGAUGAGUGGAGAAACAAAGAUGUUGAAGAAAGGCUGUCAUACUCUCUGAUAAAGGGUAUAGACAAGUUUGUUGUAGAAGACACUGAAGAGGCCCGACAAAAUUCACAGAGAUAUCCACGACCAUUGAAUGUCAUAGAGGGACCUUUGAUGAAGGGUAUGAGUAUAGUUGGAGAUCUGUUUGGUGCUGGGAAAAUGUUUUUGCCACAAGAAUCAGCAUUUGUUGGUACAGUUGUAAUUGCGACAGUGAAAGGGGAUGUUCAUGAUAUUGGCAAAAAUAUCGUAGCUGUUGUACUUGGUUGUAAUAACUUCAAAGUGAUAGAUUUAGGUGUGAUGACACCAUGUGAUAAGAUUAUACAGACAGCCAUUGAACAUAAUGCAGAUAUUAUUGGUUUGUCUGGGUUGAUCACUCCAUCAUUAGAUGAGAUGAUUUACGUUGCCAAGGAGAUGGAGAGAAUAGGACUCAAAGUGCCCCUUCUUAUUGGAGGUGCAACAACAUCCAAGACUCAUACUGCUGUAAAGAUAGCACCAAGAUACUCACAACCUGUUAUACAUGUUCUAGAUGCUUCCAAAAGUGUUGUUGUGUGUAGUACCUUACUAGGAAAGGAUGAUAGGGAAGAGUAUAUAGAGGAGAUAGACGAGGAAUAUGAGGAAAUCAGAUCUGACCACUAUGAUUCUCUCAAGGACAAAAAAUAUUUGACAUUAGAAAAAGCUCAAGAAAAAAGGUUUAAGAUAGACUGGAUAGGAGAGUCAGUGCCUGUUGCUCCAUCAUUUAUUGGUGUAAAGAAAUUUGAGAAUUACGACCUGAACAAAUUAAUACCCUAUAUAGACUGGAAACCAUUCUUUGAUGUAUGGCAACUUAGAGGAAAAUAUCCAAAUAGAGGAUAUCCUAAAAUAUUCAAGGAUAAAACUGUUGGUACUGAAGCCAAGAAGGUAUAUGAUGAUGCCCAGAAAAUGUUGGGAGAGAUAGUAAAAUCAGGGAGUAUCAAGGCUCAUGGUAUAGUGGCAUUCUACCCUGCCAGCAGUGUAGGUGAUGAUAUAGAAGUGUACAGUGAGACCGGGGAACACCUCCAAACUCUACAUGGUCUUAGACAACAGGCUGUAAAAGACUCCGCAUCUAGUGACCCCUAUGCCUGUUUAUCAGAUUUUAUUGCUCCAAAAGAGACUGGACUUCAGGAUCAUAUAGGCUUGUUUGCUGUUACAGCCGGCCAUGGGGUCGACAAAAUGUGCAAGAAGUUUGAGAGUCAGUAUGAUGAUUACAGUAUUAUUAUGGUGAAAGCAUUAGCAGACAGACUGGCAGAGGCUUUUGCUGAAGAGUUACAUGAGAGAGUUAGGAAAGAGCUGUGGGGCUAUGUAUCGGAGGAAGCUUUAGAUGCUGCAGGUCUACAUAAAAUCAAAUAUCAGGGUAUAAGACCAGCGCCUGGGUAUCCUAGUCAACCAGAUCACACGGAGAAAGAAAUUAUGUGGAAACUAAUGGAUGCAGAUAGUGUAGGUAUAACACUAACAGAAUCACUGGCAAUGGAGCCAGCUGCGUCCGUCUCAGGUCUAUAUUUCGCAAACAAACACAGUACAUACUUUGCCACCGGCAAAAUAAACAAAGACCAAGUACAGAGUUAUGCCGCACGUAAACAAAUGAGUGUAUCGGACAUAGAACGGUGGUGUAACAGUGUACUAGCUUAUGACCCUGAGUAAUAGAUAAACUGCAUACCAGUAGAUCCGAACUUGAGCAAAUUGGGAUACAUAUGUGGAGAUUUUAUUUUUGUAUCAAAAUAGAAUUCACGUGUACUAUCAAAGCUGCUAAUGUACUAGAAGAGUGCUUGAAAUAAAUUUGUUAUUGAUCUCUAUUGUAAAAAGAUUAAUAUUCAAAAACAAAAAUAUGAACAAAAACGGUGUUUAUAAUUAUGUGAUUUUUAUGACAAAAAACUGUAAAUGUUUGUGCCUUUCACAUGACAAUUCUUCAUUAGGCCACAUUAAAAAAAUUGUUGGUUUGUAACUCGGUAGUUAAUUAAUUCAUUCACUCAAAGCCCAAGAUUCAUUUAACUUUUGGCAAUGAUUGACAGGUAAAAAAAACUCAUUUAAGUUAUUUUUUCAAUGUAAAAAAAAUUGUAUAACUAUGGUAAUCAUUUUAAUAACGCGGGGUCAUGUAACACCAAACCCAACAUCUUUUUGAAGAAUGGCCUUGUCAAAUGUUUUAAAGGAUCAAAGAGAUGAAAUGGAAUUUUAUCUGUCACAAAGGUUGGUAUAUUUAUGAUGUAACCAGGGUAUCUGAGUUGUAUUUUUAAUUGCUUUGAUACUCCUAAAGCUAAAAAUGUGCUGCUAUAUUGCCAGUAUUUUUUUGCCAGUUUUGCAAUUGUAUUUAAUAUGUGGGGCAUUAAACUAAAUAUUAAAUUAUUUUACUAAUUGUAACACUAAAAAUAUAGGGCAAAAUUUAUAUCCAUUCCUUAUUUGCAUGUUUUAAUGCAUUUGAUUUGUAAAGUAAUUAUACAUUGGCAUUAGUCCAAAAAAAAGUUCCUGUCCAUGAUUUAUCAAAGGGUCUGGGGGAAUGAUUGCAAAACUGUAUUUAUUUCCUGAAAUACAUGUACAUGUGAUUGUAUAUAUUUGUUACUGAUUUAAACUGAAUUUAUUUGCAGUGGCCAGUGUUAACACUAACAGUGGAAGAUUAUGUUUAGCUUCUUCUCUCCCUUGAUUAAGGUGUUCCAAAAUACAGUUAAGUUAAAAUUUUGUUUAAAACAAAAUUAAAAACAAAAGCAAUGUGUCAAUAUUUCUGAAGAAAAUGAUUUUCACGUCACUUUUCAUUCUAGUGAAUCUUGCAAUAAGAUUUUAUAAAUAUUAUUUUUAUUCUCUUUAUAGCAACAUGUAAGAGUUUCAUUUCUUUUGUAAUGUAACUCCAUGUUGUUAUUGUUAUACAUGAUUACACCUUUAGAACAACUUUUUCCUCAAAAGUUUAUUUUAAAUAUAUUACCACUUGCUCACCUGAUUUACGUAAUGAACUUGUCUCAUUUUAAAUUUGGAAAAGUCCAUAGUAAGUUUUCAGGGAUUUCGGUAUUAUGUAAUCUACAACAUUCAGUAUGAUAGGAAUAAAAAGAUUCUGUCUGCUCUAUAAAGUUGGCAUAGACAAAUUUUAUAACUGCUUCAUGUAAGAGUAAGCAUAAAAAAUCUUUUGUACCUUUUCUGUUAAUUUUUUUUCUUCAAGCCUUUGACAACUUUGUAUGGAUCUUAGAGGAUACAAUAGUGCUUAGUAAAGUCUAUUUACUUCAGUGGAUAGACUUAAAACAUUAUUUUAUCUUUUCAUUAUGUAAUGUGUCAAAUGAAAAAAAAAUCUUUUAAAUCCUUUCCAAAUAACUUAUUUACUAAAUUUACUAUUUUUGUUAAAGUGUGUGUGACAGUGGGUGUAUAAUUUAUUUAAUUCUUGUUGUUUUGUACUGAUAAGUUAUCUUCUACUUAAAAGGUAGAUACUUUUUACAUGAGGAGAUUUUCUUAUGGAUUUUACUUACUUUUAUACAUAUUUGUUAACUGACUAUUUUUUAACAAAGUUUAAAGUUUGUCUUUUAAUACUUUACUGUUUACAUACUUUGUAUUUGGUGCUGUGGUAUCUGGAAUCCAAUUUAUCUUUUAAUAGCAUUAGUUGUAUUGUUUUAUCAAAGUACGCUGAAUAGAAACUGGUUUCAAGGAAAAAAAUGUCAAGCCAAAACAGAAAAUGUUUUUUGCCCUUUUCGUGUCUAUAUAUAGUCAAUUCAGCUUAACUUAACGAUGAAAAUAUGAGAAUAAUUUCACUUUAAUUAGGGAGAUAUACACUUUAGCACAACGAUUGCACAUAAUAUAAUGUUAUUAGUGGGUAGGGUGGAAAAUGAAAUGUAUCAUGCAUUUAUACAUUCCUUUUUUCACAUUUGAUUUUAAUAAAUGUACGAGAGAGGUGUGCUCUUGAAAAUUUGUCAUACUUCUACUUUUUUUGUUGAGCAAAAUCACAUGAAAAUACAUAUAUGUGAAAGUUUAUGACAGUAUUUAUGCAUUGCCAAGUACAGUUUUAUACUCAAAUAAUGUAAGUAAUGUCACAACUAUUACCUUAUAACUGCAUUUAUUGUUAUCUAUAACCUGUUUGUAUAUACCUUGGAAAGAUGUCUAUCCAUGUUCUAUGUAGCAUCUACUAGGGAAAAUUUAAAAUGAAUUAACAAAUUAUGACCAGAUUUUUUAUGGACAAGGGACAGUUAUGGUUAGCUCUUCCCUUCUUGGAAACCUUCAUAUUUUGGUUUGUACUCCACAUGUACUUGAUUUAAUUUAUGUUUUUCCUAUGCUUCAUGUCUCAUAGAAAUUUACAUGUUUUUCUAUUUUUAGCAAACUUUAGUUAAGGCAAUCAAAUAUUAUCGAAUACGUACUGUAAAUAUUUCAUGUUUUGAUUUUUACAUUGAUCUUAUUAUUUUAUGAAAAUAAAUGAUGAUAAACUGUG